ACAGCGUCACUUCGUCGUGCUCUUCUCUUCUUGCAUUUCUUGUGUUUUUCUCAUUUCUGCUCAUACCCUUGUCGUUCUCUCUUUCUAUCCUCUGCAUGUGCUAGACCCAGAAUUGUGCGUGCCAAUGUCGGAUCGGCCCUCGCGCCCAUCAAGCACCUACCUGGAGCCCCCCGCGAAGAGCGUAGAGCUCGAGGAUCCGGGGGCUCAGGAGCCAGCUUCAGGGAGCGAUGAAGAACACUUCUCAGAUGCUAGCGAAGGACGACUGGCAUCGGUCUCCCGUCCUGCAUCCAGGGCCGAGUCCCCUGUACCGAUAACCAGAGUUGAGAAAGUGGACGAUGAACCCAGCUACGGCGAAGUCCCUGGGUCUACUGCCUAUGAGAAAAGACAACAAGACGCCGUCCCCGAUGAGGUCGAAGUCCUUCCAGAAGGACAACACAGCAGGAGAGGGUCGAGAGUCGAGCUUGAACCGGAUGUAGUCCCUAGCGGCAAUACAGUGCCCCGGACGCUCGUUGAGAAGGUCGACCCAGAGGCCCCGAGCUACGGAGAAGUUCCAGGUACAGAGGCCUACGAACGCCGCAAAGCAGAUGCUGCUCCGGAUCUUGUGUUCAGGGCGGCUGAGUCUGGCUCGCGGUCCAAUUCUAUCGAUGCUUCGCCGCAAGAGCAAAAGACUCCACCUAGCCCUGUGCCUCAGACGCUACUUUCACGGGUGGACAGUAUUCCAACUGAUGGUACAACUUCUGCCCCGCAUGCUCACCGGAGACGUCCGAGCGAUGCGUUACCUGACGCAACGGAGACGGUUGAGGAUGCUCCCGAGGAUGAAGAACCCCCCCAUGGCGACAACGAUGAUGCCUCUAUGAACGAUUUUGAUGAAUUUGAAGAAGGAGAGGCUGCAGCAGACGAUGACUUUGGGGAUUUCGAUGAUGGUUUUCAAGAAAGCCUUGUCGAAGCCGUGGAAGAAGAAUCCACUGCCCCCCUGACGCCUCAGUUACCACCUGCUUCCCCCUUUGUUCCUCCACUCCUCGAUUUCGACUCCUUCACGUCCCUCUCCGACCUAGCGGCUGCCACUGACAGCCAUCUUGACAUCCUAUUCCCCAAUGCAAAAUCAAUCACAAACCUUCCGCCUGUUGACCCGAUCCCUGAUUCAUCCGCCAUCUUCACCAGCGAACGCUCUCUCUCUUUAUGGUCUCAGCUGGUUGCUCCGCCACCCUUGCAGCCACCGAACUGGGUCAAGUCUCGGAUCCGUAGACUCUUCCUCGUGUCUUUGGGAGUGCCGGUCGAUCUUGACGAAAUUCUGCCAGCGUCGAAGCAAAAGAAACUUGUUUUGCCGUCUAUAGAUCUCGACGGUUCUAAGAUGGCUGACGCAUCCCAAAAUCUACAGCAGAAGAAGGACGGCCAAGCGGACGGGUCAUCCACGUCCGCCAAUGCCUCUGAUUCUGCAAAGCAGAGGUCUACACGACGACGCGGGCCGCCGCCUCCCCCUGAGCUGGAUCUCUCGGCAGUGCAUCGACUCUGCGCCACAACGGAUGCCGCUUUGGACGGUUUUACUGAUGCUGAAUUGAAGACGCACGUCAAGGAGCUAAAGGACACAACGAAUCGCGCAAGCCAGGUUCUCGAAUACUGGCUCAAGCUACGAGACGGUCUGGUUAGCGAGAAAGAAGCCUUCGAAGGUGUGAUCGAGAAUCUCGUCAGUCACGCCAGACGCGUCAGAAAAUGAUCUGAAGGGACGAAAGAAAAAGGGCGGCUUCAGGCGGACCAUAUGCUCAGCAGAGAUGAAGUUCGGCCGUGCCGAUACCUCUCUGUGAAUGUUCACUUCGUGAACACAAUGACGAUAUAACCAGACAUGUAUACUAUUGUAAUAAUCUUUAUUGGUUCUGUGAUCAAAUGAUAACGGCCAAGAAAAACCAGGCGACCAUGGAAUCUGAUAUAUGAAGAAUACUCGAAAGAAAAUGAAAAGGCAGGGCCUAUUUUUCUUUGUGUAUAUAUAUCUUUUAUUUUUCAAUCUUCUUGCUCCACCGCAUCCUAGUAGUUAGUAGUGAUUUCUGUCCCCUAUCACAUUAAAUACAGUAUAACUAACUAAUGGC